GGGGACAGCAGGGUGCGGGCACAUGGGGGACAGCGUGGGGACAGCAGGGUGUCACCCAGGGACAGGGGACAGUGAGGACAAGGACAUGGGGACAGUGCGGUGUGGCCACCAAGGGGACAUUGGGGACAGUGUGGGGACAGCACAUUGUCACCCAGGGACAGGGGACAGGGACAUGGGGAGGGCACGAUGUCACCCAGGGGACACUGGGGACACUGGGGACAAGGACAUGGGGAGGGCACGGUGUCACCAAGGGCGUGGUGACAUCAGGGAUGGGGACAGCACGGGGGUGGCACGGUGCCACCCACAGCGCAGUGAUAUCAUCACUGUGGACAGUGACGUCACGGGGAGGGCGUGGCGUGGCCACCGAGGGCACGAUGGCAUUGUCACCAGCACUGUCACCGGCAUUGUCACCAGCACUGUCACUGGCAGUGUCACCGUCCCGGGGAGGGCGCGGCGCAGGGGACACCCCGGGGACGGCGGCGUCGGGGCCAAGGUGGCCAAGCUGGGGGCUGGUGACGUCACCGACGCUCGCGGUGACGUCACCACGGGUGACACCGAGCCCAGGGAUGUCCCCAGGGACAAGCUCGAGGUCACCGCGGCCACCGAGCUCAGCGGUGACAUCCCGGGGAUGGCCGAGGGCCCCGGUGCCACCCCUGGUGACAGCAAUGACGUCACCGUGGACCUCGUGCGUCGCGUGACCCCAGGAGCGGCCGAGUGCCCCGAUGCCACCUGUGGUGACACCGGUGACGUCACCAACCCCACCUCUGACGUCACCACGGACCCCGAUGCUGCCUCUGAUGACGUCACCACGCCUGGCAUCGCCAUGGACCCGAGGGGUCACGUGACCCCGGCAGUGACCGAGUGCCCAGGUGCCACCCCAGGUGACACCGAUGACGUCACCGUCCCCCUAGAUCUGCUGGCCCGGGGUGACGUCCCCAUGGACCUGACCGGUUACGUCAUCCCGGGGGCGGCCGAGGGCCCCGACGGCGCCACGCCCCCCGACGGCGCCACGCCCCCGGGAGGCGGCGCCGAUGACGUCACGGGCGGGUACCUGCUGGCGGGCUGUGACGUGUUCGUGACGCGCGAGCCGUGCGCGCUCUGCGCCAUGGCCCUGCUGCACGCGCGCGUGCGCCGCGUCUUCUACGGCCACCCCUGUCCCCAGGGGGCCUUGGGGACACGCUGGGGGCUGCACGGCCACCCCCGCCUCAACCACCGGUACAGGGUGUGGCACCUGCCCCAAACUGGGCAAACUGGGAGCGAUGGGAAUGGGUGAUUGGGGACACUGGGGACACUGGGAAUGGGACACUGGGGACAGUGAGGGGACACUGGGGACACGCUGGGGCUGCACGGCCACCCCCGCCUCAACCACCGGUACCGGGUGUGGCACCUGCCCCUAACUGGGCAAACUGGGCAAACUGGGAGUGAUGGGAAUGGGUGACUGGGGACACUGGGAAUGGGACACUGGGGACAGUGAGGGGACACUGGGGACACGCUGGGGGCUGCACGGCCACCCCUGCCUCAACCACCGGUACAGGGUGUGGCACCUGCCCCUAACUGGGCAGACUGGGCAAACUGGGAGAACUUUAAAUCAGUGACCGAGAGCAACAAUUAAAAUGAUUUUUUGAGA